AUGUCAUCGCCCCAAAACGUCACCUUUCUCUCCCGCAACUACAAACUUGCCGGUCACUUCUACCCUCCCGUGGCCGGCUCAACCGAUCGUUCUGGCGCAGCCAUUGUGAUUGCCCACCCUUGGACAUCCAUUAAGGAACAAUCACCAGCCAACUAUGCCCACGUUCUGACCCAAGCCGGCUUCACCUGCCUGACCUACGAUGCCGCUUACCAGGGCGAGUCGGAAGGCGAACCGCGAGACCUGGAAGAUCCCUACCAGCGUGUCGAAGAUAUCAAAUGUGCCGUGACCUACCUCAUCAGUCGCAAGGAUGUUGACUCCGAGAAGAUCGGUGUUCUCGGUAUUUGCGCAUCGGGCGGCUAUGCCCCCUUCGCAGCCCAAACAGAUCUACGCAUCAAGGCCUGCGCUGCCUCAGCCGCAGUCUGUGUCGGCACCAUGGCUCGUCGUGGACUUGAAAAGGACAGUUCUAACAUGGACGUCCUAAAGAUGCAGCUCGAGGCUGCUGGAAAGGACCGCAACAGCGACGUGGGUGGCGAGAAGGUCCCUAUCGUCCCUAUGCUCCCCGAGAAGCCGGAAGAUGCACCUGCAGACUUACCAGAGCCAUUCAGAGACUUGAUGAACUAUUAUCGUACCCCGCGUGCUUUCCAUCCUCGUGCGACGAAUACCAGUUUGCCUCGCGGCUGGGAUCUUAUGGGUAACUUUGAUGCCUUUGCGCAUAACGAUAUGAUUAGCCCGCGACCUUUGCUUAUGAUCACUGGUACCAAGGCGGCUACUAAGUGGUAUAGCGAGGAUGGUGUGGAAAAGGCCAAGGAGCCUAAGGAGCUGUAUGUUAUCGAUGGUCUAACUCAUGCGGACCUUUAUGACAAGGUUGAUGAGGCUGGUGCGAAGUGUGUCGAGUUCUUCGGAAAGAGCCUGGUCUGA